AUGAGCCCAUCAUCUGAGUCUGGCGGUCGCCGUUCAGCGCGCUUGUCCGCCAAGCGGCGCGCCGAAGCGAGCGAAUCUGCCAGCGAUGGCACUGCAGCAGGGCUCGAGGCAGCGGCGCCUCCGCCAGGCGUGGCUGUGCGAAAGACCAAUGAUAACAGCAAGCGGCGCGGGCGACCGGUCAAACGCGCUGCUGGCGCAGCGGACCGCAAGCUCGCCAAUGCGGCAACUGCGGCCGCGCCCAGCGCGUCGACGGGCAAGCGCAGCCGCGCCGCGCCCGCCGACGCGGCCGCGGGCGCCGUGGCGCCGCCCCCCGCCAAGCGCCGCCGCCCCUCCGCGCCCGUCCCCAAGCGCCCCUCCCCUGCGCCCGGCCCCGGCCCGACGCGGGAGCGCGAGCGACGGCUACGGGCGCGCGGCUUCCCUGCAGUCGCCGGCGUCGACGAGGCAGGCCGGGGGCCGCUGGCGGGGCCGGUUGUGGCGGCGGCGUGCGUCCUGCCUGAUGACAUUGAAUUCCCCGGCCUGAACGACAGCAAGAAGCUGUCAGAGGAGGAGAGGGAGGCGCUCUACGCCCAGAUCACCGCCGCGCCGGGCGUCGCGUGGGCCGCGUGA